CCGGGGAGCGGCCCGGCACCUCGGGCUGGGCUGCGGGCUGGGGGGUGGGAGCCAUGGACUCGGCGCCAGCCUUUGCCAUGGACAAGGCGUUCGCCCCCGGCGCCGUGCGCGGCCCGGAGCCGCCCGAAAACGCUCAAAGCCGGAAAAACUUCAGCGUGAGCCACCUCCUGGACCUGGAGGAGGUGGCGGCCGGUAUGAACGGGACCCCCGCGGCCGGUCCCCCGCCCGCCGGUGGCGCCAAGGCCAUCCCGGAGCCGUCGGGAGGCAGCAGCGGCAGCGAGGCAGCGCCCCAGGACGGAGAGAGCCUGAGCCCAAGCUGUGGGGCAGCCAAGAGGAAGAAGAAGCAGAGGAGGAACCGCACCACCUUCAACAGCAGCCAGCUGCAGGCUCUGGAGAGGGUCUUUGAGAGGACGCACUACCCCGACGCCUUCGUGCGGGAGGAGCUGGCCAGAAGGGUCAACCUCAGCGAGGCCAGAGUCCAGGUGUGGUUUCAGAACCGGAGGGCCAAGUUCCGCCGUAACGAGAGGGCGAUGCUGGCCAACAGAUCGGCAUCUCUGCUCAAAUCCUACAGCCAGGAGGCAGCCAUUGAGCAGCCCAUGGCACCACGACCCACUGCACUGACCCCUGAGUAUCUCUCGUGGACCAGCACCUCCCCGUACAGCACUGUGCCCUCCUACAGCUCCAGCGGGACCGCAACUCCCACCCAGGGGGUGAACAUGGCCAACAGCAUCGCCAGCCUGCGCCUCAAGGCCAAGGAGUUCAGCCUCCAUCAGAACCAGGUGCCGACCGUGAACUGAGCAGGGCAAAGCCCAUCCCGUGGCCUCCUCCAGGACACAGCGUGGAGCUCCCGUGCCAGGCCCAGGACAAAUCCUGCCCAACACACGUGCCGCUCAUCCAAUGUCUCAGCAUCUUCUCUCCUCUUCCCUUCCCUUCUGAAGGUAGAAUCAGUCCCAGGCCGAAGUGGCACAUAAUUAUAGCCACAUAUGGAGCGAACUUGGUUAGAAACUUGCUUUUCCGCACACCCUUAUAAUAACGGCUAUAUAUACACACAUACCCCCCACACGCUCUUCGAGGACAAACAGACUUGCCAAGGGAACAAGAAUUUGCUUCCAAACAUGGAAGGAUCUUGGACUAUUGGAUUUGACCAAUUUGGGUAUCUUGCCCAGAGAGCCAAAGAGUUAUUGGGUCUUCUCCUCCCGCAGGGACACUGUGGGAGGAUCACGGGCCCCCCUUUCCACCAGGCUGUGACUUGUGGCGCUCAACUGUGUGUGCCAAAGCUGAUCCAUGUGUUCGUUUCUUUGUGCAACCCUGGCCACAGUGUGGGGUUUGGGACUUCCCAAAGCUUGGGACUUUGGGAAGCUGAUGGCUCGCCCAUGCCAUGGCCAGUCUCAGCCAGCCUUCUGCACUGUCUUCUGCAUUUAUGAGCUGCCUAUGCUGAUGGCAUCGGGCUUUGUCCCUUCCCAGAGGGGCAAGCAGAGCUGCAGCACCUCAACAAACCCUCCUGGAGCUUGUGAGCUCUCCCGUGAGCUGGGGAUGCAUCGCCAAUCCCCAAGCAGGCACCGCUGCCCUGCCUCGGUGGAUUUGCCAGCGAUUCUGCAGAGCCCCAGGUCAUUGAACAGUCCCAGGGAAUGAGAAAAUUGGAAAAAGCUGUUGGGUUUCAGCUGAGUAGGCGGCUCCCAGCGCUCCGUGCCAACGAAGGCUUCGCCUUCCGGAGGCACAGCCUCCCCGUCGGCAGCUCCGCAGAUGUGCUCGGGGCUCUGGGGCCGGCAGCUCCAUGGGGGGAGGCUUUCUUGGUUUUGCAGAAAGGAAAUGGUUUCCCCCCUCAUCCCACCCUGCUGUGCAGCCUAAUGAGGUUCCAAGGUGGGACGUGCAGGGGAUGGACACGGGGUGGGCAGCCUGGCCCCAAGCCAUGGGGCUGAGCUGAGGAGAGAUGCAGCCUCCACCUUCCCCAUUCCACAGCUGGGGUGGUGGAGGUGUGGUGUCCCUGUGGACAAAGCCCACUGGAAACCACAUCACCCUUUCCUCACCCACUGGAAAGAGCCACCAGCCAAGCAUGGGGACACCACCAGCUCAGAGGGGUGGCCUGGGCAGAGAAGACACAGCCCUGCUUCCCUAGAAGGGGUUGGUUUGGGGGCUGCAGCAAUGGAUCUGAGCACAAACAGAGCAACUGCUGAGGUGCCUCCUCCAGGUAAACAUCCUCUGGUUGGUGACACUGAGGCUGAAAGUGCCACAGCUACACAGUGCCCACCUGAGUCCCCAGAGCUCCCAGGAGCAUCCUCUCCCAUUCCCACUGGGGCUCUCACUGCAGCUGCAUGUGGGACCCAUGGCUGUUACAGUGGGGUUUUCAGCUGCACCCCAGGCAAUGCCAGCAUGGGGGGACUCACCCAGCACCCAGAGCUGGAGACCUGAUGGGAGAACCAUCUCCUGUGCCUAGGGGUGAACCAGCCCCUCCAUCCUCCAGCCCCUGCCUUCUCUGCUCUCCAGUUGGGAACAGCUACAUUCUCCUCCUCAAGCCUGGCAGGCAGGGAGAGGGCACAACCUGACUGACCCUGUCCACCUCCUCCAGUGCCACCCUAAAUACCCACCCUCUGCCCCCAUCUGUAUUUCCAGGGCUGGUAUCCAUCCCAUGUGUCAUGCAAGCUCCCCACACCGCACAGGGACCUGCCAAGCCAGGGGGAAAAGGGAUCCACUGUGGAUGAAAUCAUCCACGCAGAGAAACACCACUGGGGCAGGAGGAGGGGGCCAGGGCGGUCCUAUUCCCAUGGAAAGCACAGGGCUCUUUUUUCAGUUAUACAAGAUGAAACCACAGGGAUAUAAAUGUCGCUGCCUCUUUGAGAACAUUAAUGAAAAUAAACCCAUUUAAUAGUUUGCAGAUGCUGUUUCUGUAAACCUAAAAAAAGCAGGGAAUAAAUAUUUCUUCACUAAAUAUCUAUAUGUAUAUAUAUAUUUGAAAACAUUUGCUCCUAAUCUUAGGGCCCCUCCUUUGCUGUGCUUUUGGCAGCUUAUCACAGCUUGUCAGUCAAUGCUGAACUCACCAAGAAGAGAUACAAAUUGCACCCAUGGAGGGGUAGCAGGACCGAGGGAUUAUUGUAAUCUAAGCUCUCUCUCGCCCUUUCUAUUUGUACAUUUCAAUUACUUGUAACAAGAUCCAUGGUGGAUUUGUUUUUUUUCUUCUGCAUGUCUGUGUUUUGGAAAUUUUUGUAAGGUUUUUGUAAAAACAACUCUUGUGAAAUAAUGGAGGAAUAAAUAUUUUACUGAGUA